UUUUAACAAAUAUAAAAUAUUGAAAAGCAUCUAGUAGUUUUUUUUUUUCUUUUAUAUAACCUUUAUCAUCAUAAAAACUUAUGUUAACCAUGUAGAAAUUUCAAAAUUUUAGAUGCUCAAUGUAUAAAACGUUACUAUCAAUCCUCAACGUGGCUAUGGACUGAAUUUAUUGGCCGAGUUUAGAAUACUCCAAUUAAUAUGAUGGAUUUCCUUGAAGGUGAUGAGAGCCAUUUACAGUAUCCUAAGUUUCAUUUUUUAAUUUAGGAGAAAGAUUUCGGAGUAUGGUAUGAUCCUUUGAGCUCUGGUGCAUUUAUAUCAAUCUACUAUGCUUCAAUCCCCAAGUAGCUCCUUUGUAUGUACUUUGAUCUACUCAAGCUUCUUUUUCCAUUACAAAAUAAUUUUGUCUUUACGGGAAAUUAAGUAUUGGGGAAACUAGAGGUGCUCUGAUAUCCAUCUCUAUACGAACGUACAAGUUUAUGCUGGAUAAUAAGAAGACUUUUGACAAGCACCUAAUGCAAGUGUGACUUUAUAAUUAUACUUGAAUUCCAACUAGUUGUUCUCACCAAUAUUGAUCUUUUGCUCCAAUUGUGUUUCGUCUUUUGUUGAGUCCGUGUUUAUUCGGUGAAACUGUAGGUUUAUUGUGAUAAUUUUCAUCAAUGUAAUCUUUAGUUUGUGUCCCUUCUUAGCACCUUCAAUAGUCAUUUUUGUCUCACUGACGGAUGUGUGCAUAUGGAAGUCUGCGUAGGACAUUGUCAAGCCAUCCUGGGGGUAUUCCGUCAUUGUAUCCUAUGUGGAAAGUGUUUGCUAGGUUCCUGAUAGUGGAGUAGAAAGAAUAAAAUUUUCUGGCUUGUGGGCAUCGUAUUCUCCCUAAUUGUUGGGUUUUCAGUGCUCUGCUGCUCUUACUGUCUCUACUCAUCAACUCCUUUGUACCAUUUUCGAAAUGGAAAUAUGUUUUGUAUUUUGUUUCCCAAGCUUAUUUAUCGCUGAGGUGACAGGAACAUGUGGGGCUAGUUCUGGUGCUCUGUAUCUGAGCUUAGUUUGAUUGUGUUCAAUUGAGUUACCUCCCACAUGCAUCUCUCUUCGUUCAGCAUUUUCUAGGGCGACACAACCUUCAGCUGUUAGUCAUCAAUUCCUUUCUCGUCCUUCUUAGUUUUCCAACUCCCUUUUGACUUAUCAUGUAACUCUGCAAAGUUUCCCAUCAACCUUCUACAUUGACCAUGCAUAUGUUAUGCGACCCUUACAAGUACUUAACUCAAUCAUCUGUUGAAACUCUCCUACGUUUUAUCAUUAACUCCUCCCUGUUAUAUAUUCUUGACUUCCACAGUUCAUCUGCGGAAUAAGUACAUGUAAGUGUGCCAGUAUUUUAAACGGAAGGUAGAGAAUUCUAUAUAGGUGGUCUAACUCUGAAUUUGAAAAUGUUUUGCCAAAGGGAAGAUGGGUACUAGCCUUGGUAAUAGGGCCUGUUACAAACUUACAACUGACAGGAACAGUGUCCAUUUAGUAGCAUCUGCCCCCUGUACCCCGUCGUCCCUUUUUUUUCCUGAGUGGGUACAGUCAUGUCAAGCUCUUCCGGCAAUGGGCCUGUGGUGAUUUUUUUAGGAGAGAUGGGCUAGUGGUAAUUACAUUGAUGUAUCCGUGGGGCAAGGAAACAACACAAGGUGGAUUAUACUUGUGUUUUUAAUGUUUUGGGCUCAAUAUGGUAAUAGUUCUUGAUGGCAGUCUCUGGAGGCAUGAUUUCUCCUGGUAGAACAAGAAAUGGAGGCAAUCAAUGGUUAAUGAAAUUUAUAUGUAUUCUAGUUAUGGUGCUUAAGUGGCAGGUAGCUAGCUAUGGGUUGGUUGUCAGACCAUGAGGAUGCAGCAGCAGCAUAAUAAUAACACUCUUAGCUAUAGUGUUUGAUUCUGCCAUUUUCUUGAGGUCUUUGUUGUACCUUGCCUUUCCCCAAUGCUGCUUGGACAUACAAAAACAAAUUACUACAAUUUAAUUUUUUGUUAUGUGGAUGCAGUCCAUCUUCAUCUAUCAGCUGAUAAAUUACCAUGUUGAUUUGCUUUUCAAGGAAAUGAGAAGUUUUCACUUUCCAAUAUAACUUGGAAAAUUUAAGAUGGAGCAAAAUGACACAGGUUGCCAAGCUCCUCAAGCUCCUACCCUUUGUGUUAACAAUUGUGGGUUUUUUGGAACUGCAACAACAAUGAACAUGUGCUCAAAGUGCUACAAGGACAUGAUGUUUAAGCAAGAACAAGCUGAAUUUGCUGCUUCAUCUAUUGAGAGCUUUGUGAAUGGAAGUUCAAGCACCAGUGUGAAAGCUGUUGAUGUUGCUGUUGGUGUUCAGGAAGGUCCGGCAGAAUCCCUGGUGAUACCCAAACAAGUUGUAUGUGUACCACCAGAGAACGAUAAUGUUGAGAAGGCUAAAGUGGGGCCAAACCGGUGCAAUACUUGUAGGAAACGAGUUGGUUUGACUGGCUUCAAUUGCCGAUGUGGGCAUCUUUUCUGCUCAGUCCAUCGCUACUCUGACAAGCAUGACUGUUCCUAUGAUUAUCACAAGGCUGCUCAAGAUGCUAUUGCGAAAGCCAACCCAGUUGUUAAGGCUGAAAAGCUUGACAAAAUAUAAUGGAAGGUUCUGAGUUAUGAGCUGCAGUAUUAUCAAAGUUGUCUUCUACACCCGCGGGGCUCUCUGUUGACUACUGUUGUUAGGUGCCUAGGAUUACAAGGGGUUGAGAGAAGCAUAAGGCAUCCUGGAAUCGAGCAAGGAAUGUUGUGGUUACAUCUUUAGUGCUUGUUUGUGCUUGUGAUGGACAUUCUUUUGGGUUAUCUUUUGAUUAGUGAUUCCAAUUUAAUUUAAUGACGUAAAAGUUGGUGUUCGUUAAGUAUAAAAGAAGUUUCGUUCUAUCAAAUCCUUUUCUCUAAAAAAAUUUGAGUCUUUCGAACAAGAAAUUCAGGGUUGCUGGGUAACAACAUCAGAUUUGACGAAAAUUCAGGCAAUGUUCCUUUAGAUUUAAAGAGUUUUCAAAGGUUCCAUCUUCAA